AAAAGAUGUACAAUCCAAACCCAGAUUUCAACAACCUGCCUAGCAUACCCAAGAAGAGAGAUAGGAAGGCAGACGAUAAAGGACCAGGAAGAAAGAACUAUAGAAGAGUUAGAGAGGAUAUCCCUGGUGGCAGAAACGAAAAUCCUCAAGAGAGAAGAAGUAGAGGUGGCAGUGGAAGUAGAGGUUUUAGUGGAGGGAGAGGAAGAGGACAAAGGUACAAACCCUCGACUCAGUAUAACAAGAAUCUUUCAAUUGCGAACAAGAGAAAAGAUAUAAUUGACCAGAUCCGAAAUGGUGGCAGAGUGACUAUUAUAGCUGGAAACACAGGUUGCGGUAAAACUACCCAGGUGCCUCAGUACAUUCUUCAAGACGACCCAGAUGCUUUCAUUCUGUGAACACAGCCGAGGAGACUUGCAGCCAUCAACAUUGCCAAGAGAGUGGCUGAUGAAACAAAGACGAGAGUAGGCGAGCUUGUUGGGUAUCAUGUUGGAAGUCAAGCCAAACUCAACAACCGGACUCGGAUUCUGUUCAUGACAACAGGUAUCUUUUUGCAAAGAUUAGUCAACAGAGAUGACUUCCUACAAAAAGUGACCCACGUCGUCCUUGAUGAAGUCCACGAGAGGGACUGCGACAUCGACUUUGCGAUGGUCAUCCUCAAGCACAUACUCAAGAGGUCGUACAUCAAGCUGAUCCUCAUGUCUGCAACCAUACAAGCAUCGAGUUUUUGCCAUUACUUUUCUGAAGGAGCCAUUGAUAAUGUCCAGAACGAAAUUGCCUACUCCAACCAGAAGCUCAAGAUCUGGAGCAGCGAUGAGAAGAGAGGCCACUCUGUUGUCAGGAAAGAAGGAUGGGGCAAAGUCUACCACACCGAAGGAGAAGUAGACCCAUGGGAGAACACCGGUGAAGAAGCCAAAGACUGGGGCAACUCCGCAGAUGCUCUCACAGAUGAAAUGCCAGUCAAGCGAACCAACGACCCAGCUGUUGUGAUUGAUGUAAGCAGUCAGAGUUUUGCAGUUAAAGUGACCUACCUUGAGUUCGUGCUCGAGGGAAUGGAUGAAGUGCUCAAGAUACCGAAGACUGACCCGAUCUAUGACAUUGCUAGGAACUUCAAUCCUGCUCAAGCAUCACUCGAUGAGUUGACGAUCAGAGCAACCAGCACUCUCAUUGUCCAACUGUUGGAAGCCAAGAACUCAUUCAAAGAAGAGCCAGGAAACAAGAGAACAAUUCUUGUGUUUAUGCCAGGACUUCAUGAAAUCAUGCAGCUCAUUGAGACCAUUGAGAAUGAAGGAUCUGAUGCCAAAGAUUUGUUGUUGAUCCCUCUCCACUCGUCCAUUGGAGAAGAUGAGCAAGAGAAGGCUUUCCGAGAUCCCCCAGCAGGCAGGAGGAAAGUUAUCAUUGCAACAAAUAUUGCUGAAAGCUCGAUCACCAUCCCUGAUGUGUACUAUGUCGUCGACUUGUGUUUGACAAAGGAAAUAUUUUAUGACCCAAUCAACAAGAACGAGAACCUUCAGCUUCGUUGGGCAAGCAAGGCUUCAUGCAGACAGAGAAGUGGCAGAGCAGGAAGAGUGCAAGACGGCUUUGUGUUCAGAAUGGUACCGCAUGAGUUCUAUAAAUGCCACAUGUCAAGCUAUCCAACGCCUGAGAUUCAAAGAUGUCCUCUUGAAAAGCUGAUUUUGCAAAUCAAGUUAUGGGGAAUGUUCGAGCCUGCUGAAAUCUUGGGAAGAGCUAUUCAGCCUCCACUGAUCAGAGACAUUGGAAUAUCAAUCAAAGCCUUGCAAGAGACUGGAGCUCUCACAAUUGAUAAAUCUGGAGACACCACUGGUGAUAUCACCGAGCUUGGCCGUAUCUUUGUAAACAUCCCUGCUGAUAUCAAGAUCACCAGACUCUUUCUGCUCGGCCUUGCCUUUGGAUGCAUGAGCCAGGCUAUCACCAUGGGAUGUCUGCACAGCCAGCAAAGGUCCAUGUUCAAAUAGCAUCGGGAGAGGACAUGGGGCCUGGAGCAUCCUCAACACAAAACUGAAAUAUGAUGGAGGAGUUUGCUCAGACUCAAUAAUGAUGUGCAGGGUCUAUGAAGAGUGGUGCAGCCAAUUCCAUCGUGAACACUUCGGAGCCUAUACAGGAGGCGAUAGAGUAUCAAGGAGACCAAAGGUUCACAAGAAUCGAGAUGAGCUGAAGUGGUGCCGUAGUAUAUUCGUAGACUGGUCAAUCCUGAAAGAGACUCUGAUCCUCAUCGAAGAUAUCAGGUUCCGUUUUGUCAACCUCGGAGUUCAGCCCGAUGUUCUCAACAAAAGAGUCGAAUACAAUGAAGAUGGGAUUAACACUCUGAGAACCGUUCUUGCUGGAGCUUUCUACAGAAGAUACAUUCGCUCAGAAUACAGAAAUGUCUAUGAAAGAGAAAAGUACCUGAAGCCUCAGAUCAUCCCCAAGAACGUGGCUGGCAGGAGCGUGUUGUACAGCAAAGUGCCAGACUACAUCAAAGAGCCUCACGUCCAGGCGGUCAUCAACAACCACAUCGGGCUCCAGGCUGAGAGAGUAGUCAUCAUGUACGAGAAGCCGAUCGUCACUUUGGAAGGCACCAGCGACAAGCUCAAGCUCAUGAACAACCUGAAGAGGUGCUUCAAGAUCGACAGGAAGGUCAGCAACGCCGACAAAGCUGGAUUUGGAGAUCACUCGAGAAUGCGUAGACAACAAGAGCGUGGAGACGCCAGGCCGUCUGCCAGUGAAAAGGUUUACUCAGUUGAAAAACAGAAGUUUAGAGCUCAGGCCUGACUCGAUGACGUGCCAUCUGAUGAUGAAGACCUCAAUUCAUUACUCAUAAAAGAGGGAGAAGAUAUUGACGACAAAACAGCAAUGAAGCUGCUUGAAGAAACUCAGUUAAAGCACUGCAUCCACCUCGACCAGAUACGCAUGGCUACUUUUGACAACGAAGUAUUUGUGGAUGCUGAGCAAGACUCUGUAAACUUCGUAUAUUUACACAGCGACCCAGAUACAAUGGACUCAGUAGGCUUCUGUUGUCAAAGCUUCGAUGAUAGAGGUGGUAAGUUCACAGCGAGAUCAGUCACCAAAAUGCCUGAGUACAGCAUGAUCUCACUUCUCUACUGCAUGUUGUUCUCACCAAUGGUUGAGCUCAUGGCCAAUGAAACAGGCGAUUACUACGAAAGAGUGAUGCUUGAUAAUGACAAAUAACAGCACUUACCCUCUCAAGUACUGGAUCACUCCAAGCGAUAUUGAAGCGAUCGAUGACAUCAGGAAGACUAUCAACGAGAGUAUCUGCUCUGAAGAUGGAUUGAAGAGUGGAAUCGCCUACAAUGUUGCCGCUAAACUAAACAAUUUCAUCAAGAAAGAGAGAGUGAAAAUUGACCAAUUCCAUGACCUCAUUCUUCUGAGAAGUGAUGAGCAGGAUUUUGCCUAUUUGGUAGAUAGAAUCAGAAACUUCUUUGUUGAGAAUCCUGACAGGCCUCAGGAUCUCCAGAUCAACAGAGUGGGAGAGUCUUCUCACUGAAGUCACAAUCCAAGUGAGGAGAACAGAGCAUACACAGCUUCGGUAGAAGCCACUCCAAGCAACAGGCCCAGAGGGGAUGACCCUGAUUCUUCAGAAGCCACACUUAUAGACCCAGACGAUGCGGAGAAGACCUGGGAGCCAAGUGUAGCUGAAGCUCAAGCUCAGUCUCUCAAAGAUAUGAGUAAGAAGCUGGAAGCCUUUGAAGAGAGUGACUCGGAUGAAGCGCAAGAACAAGCCAAAAGCGAUUCUCAAGAUGGAUCCCAAGAUGGAUCUGAAGAUGGAGAGGGCAGUAGUGAAGCUGACGCUGAAGGAACCAAUGAAUGAGGAAGCAAGAUGGGCUAUGACAGCUCUUCAAGCGAUGACAUCAAAAUGGCAUCUCCUGGCGAUGCCACCAAAGAUCCAGAUAAAGACUCCGAAGACCGUGGUGGCUCCUCAACUAAGAAAACUGGACUCAAAAAUGUGAAGAAAGUGAGUUAUUUCUUGAACAAACUGAGCUGACAAACACUCUGCGCAAAGAAGGUCUUCGCUGAGGGAGAGCCAGAGCGAAUCAAAAGAGAAUACGACCAAAGACUCUGGUUCAGAAAGAAAGUCGUCAGAGAGAUGCAAGCGAGGUGCGAGUUGUUCAAACUCAGGAGCUGUGCUAUCGUCUGAGCCAGUUGUGAGUCUCGUAUUUGCGACCUUAAAAGUCUUGUCAUGAGGAAGGAAGCCCAAGGACUUUGUGAAAUUGGAGGGACGCUCUGUGGACUUACAGAGCUAAAUGAACUUUCUCAGGAGCAAAGAAAUGAUCCAUAUGUUAUAUCAUCCUCAAAGAAUAUAAGGAAGUCUGAAGAUUUUAGUUACUUAAUGUGCCAUUAUAACCAUAUUUGAGGAAUUAGAGUUAAGUUCAAGUAUUACUUCACCAAGACAUCUCCAGUACUUUUUAAGUUUCCAAUGGGAAGCACUCGUGAGUGGUCUCCUUUGUUGUGGAAAAAUAAUUUUGCAGAGGCAUUUGCUCAAGAUGAGAUUGCUCAGAAAGAGAUAGACUGGUCUAAUGUUCUACCAGAGGAUAGAACUUGCUUUAUUUGUCCCAAGAAAGCAACACAUGAACCUGAUGAAGUUGACAAAGAUCUUGGAAGAGUCUUUAACACAGUAGAUGAUUAUAUAUAUCACAUUGAAGCAGAUAGGGACCAUUUAAUUAGAGUCGAGAAGUUUUUACUCAGAACAGUAGAAGAAGAUAGCUACUAAAGUUUGUAUCAGAUACCACUAAUGAAUUCUUCAAUAUAAA